CAUGAGGUUAAAAAUGAGAUGCGGUUUGUAGUGAAUGAUUCUAGGUUGCAGUUUGGCUUGGGUGAAUUUGUACUUGUUACUGGGUUGAAAUGUAAGGGUGAUACAAGUAUAAAGAGCAUAGCAGAGAAUAGGUUGAUUUCAAAAUAUUUUGGGACUGCAUCCGUGACAUUUGCCCAACUAGCAGACUGUUUUAAGAAGAAGAAAUGGGAAACGGAUGAUGAUGCGUUGAAGAUAGUAGUUCUGUAUUUUGUCAACAACUUCUUAUUUUCUAAACUCAAAACAAAGGCUAUUUCACGGUCUUACAUUGACUUGGUUGAGUCUGGUAAUUUUAAUAAUUAUCCCUGGGGUAUAGAUGUUUAUAAAGCUACAAUUGACUCGUGUUCCAACAAGUUUCAAGAUAAGCCUUCUUUUUAUAGACUUGGUGGCUUCCCGUUGGCUUUACAGACUUGGUUGUAUGAAUGUUGCCCAAGUUUGGAUGGUCACUUUGCUGAUCAUCUUGGAAACAACAAACUUCCACGAAUUUUGAAAUGGGUAGUCAUGGGUCAAAUCCCGAAUGAGCGAGUUGCUUUGCAAAUGUGUAGCUUGCAACGCAAGCAGCUAAAGAACAUCACCCCUGAUGAUGAGAAGAAACAAUUUGAUGUGCGUGGUCUAAGCUUUGAAAUUGAAGUUGAGUGCACUGACAGCCAACCCAGCCAGCCCGAUAGCUUUCAAGUUUUUGGCACUCAAUUACCAAAGACACAAAGUAUGCCUGAAAGUAGUGAAGGUGAUUCCCAACCUACCAAUGCUGAGGUAAUGAAGGAGUUACAAGCUUUGAAGCUUUUUAUAGAGAACAAGUUUGAGGAGGUGCUUGCAGCUAUUAGUAGGCAGUCAGUGAAACCAGAGGGAAAUUCAGCGCACAAGCAACAGGAUGAUGAUUUGCGUUCUGCCCCCUUCGUAAAUGAGCAUGAUUUUGGCUUGGAUUCUAACUUUGAACUAUCUGCAUCUGCAAUUGAUCAAAUCACCGCUAUUACACAACAAGCAACAUAUAAGCAGUCAUCUCAUGAUGUUAAAAAGUCGGGUCCUGCUCCGCUGCCAUCAGGAAUCCCUGUACAGACACGAGCAGAUGUUGUUAUUGAGUCUAAUACUGCUCCACAGGCAUGUCGGGUUGAUGGUGUUGGUCAAGUGGAUGUUGGUGGAAGUAAUGUGAAUUUGCCUUCUGGUAAUGUCUUCUAUAUAUAACUUUUCAUUCUUUUUUUCUAAAUUUCUUAACUUUGUAUAUUUAUUUAUUCACUAGCAUUUUCUAAUUUAAGCUCCAUGUCGACACGGGGGUGAUCUUCACUUGGAUUCUGAUUUUGAAUAUACUGAUUCUCAACUUGAUCUAAUUGCUGCCAUUACACAAGGAGGGAGACGUAAUGUAAAUCAAUCUGGAAAUGAUCUGACAACUCGUGCUGUAAAUAAGUCUAAACCUGAUCAGUCGGUAUCAAGAAAUAUUGUUCAGAUACAAACAGAUGUUGAAACUACUCCUGCAGUUUUAACACGGAAAAGGCGCCCCGCAGCUGUAAAACAGUCACCGUAUAGGAAUGACUGGCAAUCUGGUGUUAGUGCAGUUGGGGGAUCCUCGAAGGUUAUCAAAGGAAGAUUUCCAUUUGUAAAUGACAUUUCAGAGACGGUUGAUUUUAAGCUUACGACUGCAUUCUCAAACUUUGUUGAAGCAAAUAUGCAAUUGGGAGAGGAAGUGUAUUUACCUGAUGAUCAAAAGCUAGAGCCUUGUUUUGACUUUGAAGUUGAACAGAUUGAUGAUAAGACGUUUUUCCAUAACUUAAACUAUUCUGGCAGGCCGCUCUCUAGUUCGAGAUUGUGGAGUAUAUGUUGAUUGCUUUGCAGAGUAUAUUAUUGAAUAUCUUCCAAUCCCUGUUGCCAAUUUUGA